AUGCCGGGCACCGUGGGCGAGUCUCUAGGCUCGCCAGGCGCCGCGGAUCAGCGUGCCCAGGACUCGGGCCAGGACGGCGCCUUCGACGGCGACGCGCCGACCCUCUUCGGCGCGGUGCCCUUCGUCCGCAGAGCGAUUGCGGAGUGGCACAGCCGCAUCCCAACGGCGUUGUUGUCCGAGUGGGCGGAGAACAUGCGGGAGUCCACUGCAGAGAUAGCUGUUGGGCAGGAGCUGCUUUCGCAGAGCGGCUGCUCUGGCACGGACGCUUGGGUUCGCUGGCUUCAGGAGCUCCUCUCCCACUGGUCGAACACGUUCGGCGGGGCCGUCACGUUGGUCACCCAGGUCGUCGGCGCCGAGAGCGCGCCGGCGAAGCGGGUCUUCUUGCGGGAGCACGCUUGCCCGCAAGUGCUCUUGCAAGACGUCGUCGAGUUCAAGAAGAAUUUGGUCCUCAACACGAUGACGGGGGAGUAUGUCACAAUCCCCUUCGGCAGCGUGACGGGCGCCGGCUUCAGUUGCGCGUCCCGCUCGAAGAUGAACCGGCACAGGGCGUCGAACGUCGGGUGCGUUCGUGGCCAAGUUGGUUCGACAGGCGAAACGUUCGAGGCUAUCAAGCACCUGAUCGUUCGCUCCAGGGCUGCCGUCAGCUUCCUCGAGUGCGUGGUGGAGCUCGCUCAGGAGGAGGUCGGGCCAGACGGCCUCAGCACUUCCGACGCAGACUACAUCAAGGAAUCCUUCGAGAAAGAGGGCUUCACCGCGAUCGUGAUCUCGCACAACCCGAGGAUGUGCGGAAUGCCGAUCGAUCGCUGGAGGCUCUGGGUCGUCAUCUUCAACGUCCCCGCCGACCUCGCCAUGCCGCACCUGCACAAGUUCCACGACCUGUUGGAGUCGAUGAGGAAUGGGCCGCAGUGGCCAGUUGCAGAUUUUUUGAUCCCUGAGUCGACGCUGAAGGCUUGGACAGAUGAGGCGCCGAUUGCCGCAUCAUCGGUUGCUAAGAGAGGCAAGAAAGAUUGCGAAUGGGGUGACGUGCAUUCUGACGCGUUCCCGCGUCUGGGCCUCGAGUGGCCGCCGUCAGACGCCUCUCUGGAAGGGUUCCGCCAGCGCGAGAGCGAGGUGACCUUUGCUGCGGACAAGUUGCACCCGCUGGGGGACGAGGAGUUUUCCUUCCUGGACGCGAACCACACCUUCGAGCGCUUGUUCAAGUGGGACCCAGCGACGAAAUCGACAGUGAAUCCUUGGAAGCAACACGUCCCGACCUUGACGGCGCAGAGCAGGAUCGUCUGCCGCUUCAGGGACUCCAGCAGUGGCGACUCGGCGUUGCGGCACGUCCACGCGCUGGAGAUGAUGUCGUUCCAGGGCUGGGACAUCCCGAUGUGGAAGGGCAAGAACCCCUUCGCGACCCGCGGGGAGCUGCCCAUCACGCACGAGCUGCUGCGCGAUAUGGCCGGCAACAUGUGGAACGCGGGUUCGUUUUGCCCCAUCGCCAUUGCCGCUUUCGGGGCCUUGCCCUACCGCGCCCUGAGGGCCCAGGCGGUCGCCCGCGAGUCCAGCGCGCCUCAGGCGGUGCCGGAGAGUUGCCCGGCAUCCGACAGCUUUGAGUCCGACAGCGACUGA